CACUCUCGACUCUUAAGCGCUUCUGCUCCGUUAGCCUUAGAAGUAACCACCGCCAUUUCCACUGCCGCUUUCCUUCUUCCAAGUUCAAAAACUUGGUGCCCAUCGCUCGAUCCGCGAUUUCGUUAUGCGAUUCCUUCGUUUUCGCCUUUAUAUUGUCUUAUCUCAGAUUAUCUAACUUCCAGCAAUGGAUUCCAGUUCCGACCCGGUGGAUUACCUCCUCCGCGCGGUGAGAAGCGUCGUCUCUCCUCUCGAGGGUGGGCUUUCGCGCGCCGCCAUGGAUCUCGAGUCCCAUUGGCUGGAUUCGACGAAAAAGAUAAAGGAGAGUGGAUUUCCUGGUAGAUUUAGUGGUCAGGGGAAGAAAAGGGAUUUCCAGGAAACGGUGGUGGUCUCUGCGGUCCUUGGUGAUGAGAGGAAGAAAGGGUUCUUUUCGGGUAAGAUGCCAAUGAAAUCGAUUAUUGGAGCUCUUUUACCGAAUCCUUCGGCGAAGAAUAGAGGGGCAAGGGCGAAGUUACAAAGUGAUGGAUCUUGCUCGAACUGCUUGAGCUUCGGCGUGGCUUGGUCUAUCUUGGUUAGCAACUUCGUGCAGGUGUUUCCGAACUCGUUUAAAUGCGUUAAGAAAUGCUUCCGUACCUCAUGUAGCCAAGUGGAUGGCGAACUCUUCUCUUUUCCUUUUCAUUUUGAAGCUAAAAGGAAGGAGUUAUGUCACCCUGCGGACUGUGAUUUUCAAUCGAGACUAUUGAUCUGCUAUGCGUUUGAGACAUUGAUACAUAAUCUUGAAAUUUUUGAUCGGGAGAUGCCGAGGAAUAUAGUUGCCUUACCGGCUAUUGCAAUGAUCGAUCAUAUGAGGACAAUAUCAGACAUUGUCAAAGGGAGGCGGGCAAGUGUUAAUGGUUUUCUUUCAAAUGCGGGGUUCGCGAAGGUGGGAGGUGCAUCGGAGAUUUUGGUGAGGACUACCGCUUCUGCUGCUGAUGAGGGAAAGCAUCAUUCAGCUGAUGAUGGAAAGGAAGAAUCUGUUUGUAAAGAGGAACAGGAGUCUAAUCCUGCCCAUAAACUUGCCAGCAAUUUGCUGAACAUUCCUUUGUCCAAUGUUGAGCGCCUACGUUCUACACUGUCAACUGUUUCUUUGACAGAGCUCAUUGAGUUCAUACCUCACGUGGGGAAGACAUCUUCAGAGCAUCCCAAUAAGAAGAAACUAUUCUCAGUGCAGGACUUCUUUCGUUACACAGAAGCUGAAGGAAAGCGUCUUUUUGAGGAGUUUGAUAGGGAUGGUGAUGGCCAAGUUACACUAGAAGACCUUGAAAUUGUAAUGAGAAAAAGAAAAUUGCCUAGGAGAUAUGCACGGGAUCUUUUGCGCCAUACUAGGAGUAACUUAUUUUCAAAAUCUAUUGGGUGGAAACAGUUUCUAACCUUCAUGGAGCAGAAGGAGCCAACAAUUCUUAGAGCUUAUACAACAUUGUGUUUGAGCAAGUCUGGAACACUUGAGAAAAAUCAAAUAUUGACAUCACUUAAAAGUGCUGGACUCCCAGCCGAUGAAGCUAAUGCUGUUGCUAUGAUGCGUUAUUUGAAUGCAGAUACUGAUGAGUCUAUUUCCUACAGUCAUUUUCGCAAUUUUAUGCUGUUACUCCCUUCAGAAAGACUUGAGGAAGACCCCCGGAGCAUCUGGUUUGAGGCUGCCACCCUUGUUGCUGUUCCCCCACCAGUGGAAAUACCUACUGAAAGUGUUCUGAAAUCUGCUUUGGCAGGAGGUCUUGCAUCUGCGCUUUCUACUUCUGUGAUGUAUCCUAUUGAUACAAUGAAGACACGUGUACAAGCAUCCACCCUUUCAUUCCCUGAACUUGUGUCAAAGCUUCCUGAAAUCGGGAUUCGAGGAUUGUACAGAGGUUCUAUCCCUGCUGUUCUUGGGCAAUUUUCAAGCCAUGGACUAAGAACUGGCAUCUUUGAAGCAAGCAAGCUGAUCCUGGUAAAUGUUGCACCGACUCUUCCUGAUAUUCAGGUGCAAUCUAUGGCAUCCUUUUGCAGUACGGUCCUUGGAACAGCAGUCAGAAUUCCAUGUGAGGUAUUGAAGCAACGUUUACAGGCAGGUAUUUUUGACAAUGUAGGAGAGGCAAUUGUGGGUACCUUACAGCAGGAUGGUUUGAAAGGAUUCUUUAGAGGAACUGGUGCUACACUUUGCCGUGAGGUACCCUUUUAUGUUGCUGGGAUGGGUCUAUAUGCUGAAGCAAAAAAGGCUGCUCAGAGUCUUCUGAACCGUGAUCUUGAGCCAUGGGAGAUUAUCGCAGUUGGAGCUCUUUCUGGUGGGCUUUCUGCUGUGAUUACAAAUCCUUUUGAUGUGAUGAAGACGAGAAUGAUGACUGCUCCACAGGGCCAGCCUGCUUCCAUGCAGAUGGUCGCCGUCUCCAUUCUCCGGCAAGAAGGACCAUUAGGGUUUUUCAAGGGAGCUUUACCAAGAUUCUUCUGGAUUGCUCCUCUGGGUGCAAUGAACUUUGCAGGCUAUGAGUUAGCAAAGAAGGCUAUGAUUACGGCUGGACAGGCUGAUACUGAUCAGACUUCCUAGAAUAAUUGACAAUCAAGCCUCUAUCACCUAUAACUUAUAAUUUAUUGGGGGAUUUACAUUCAUGCCACUAAAUUUUUAGGAAUUUACAUAUAUGCCAUCUAAAUUUUUAUUUAUUUAUUUAUAUAACACUUCAUCUUUAAAUCACCUCAAAAAUAUCACUAACAUUAACUCACUCAUCUAAAAUGGAAUAUAAAUCUUCAUGCAAAUUUUGUUGAUGUGAUUUAAAACUGAUGUUAUAUAAAUAAAUAAUAAGACUUGUGCUAAAUAUGUAAAUAUGCAAAAAAUUUGUGGUAUAUAUGUAGAUCUCCCUAAUUUAUAGGAUGCAAGCCGUACGGAUCUGAGAAGUUUUUAACAUAAUCAGCUCCCCAUUUGUUGUUUUUUUUUUUCUAGGAUUAUAGUCUUGAGUUUUGUCCUGAUGGUUUUUUUUAGAAAGAGGGGAAAUUUUGUAUCUUCUGUUGAGAGACAAAAAUUUCCUGAUGGUUUCUCUCUCUCUCUCUCUUCAAUGACUUUGUAAAGGUAGUCUCCUGUGUGUACUGCAGGAGCAUUUUUUUUGUUCAUCUCUAAAUCCAUUUUGAAAGCAUAUUGUGAUGGAUUAAAAGCCCUGAACUGUAUACAGUUUUUGCUGAUACUUUAUUGGCUGCCUUUGCUGAUGCCAUUUAUAAACCUGUAUAUUGGCUGCUUCAA